AUGUCGAGCGAAUCGACCGCGAAGCCGACGUCGAGCGAGAACAUCGUCGCGCAGAAGUAUGACCGCUGCUGCUUCAGUGUCGGCGUGAUCGCCUCCGUCAUCCUCUUCCGCCGACGAGGGUGGCCCAUCGCACUGUCGACCGGCUUUGGCGCAGGGGCCGCCUACGCGGACUGCGACCGGUCGUUCAACCCCGCGCGGAUACCGGGCACGCGCGUCGUCAGCGCGCAGGAGCUUGCGGCGCUCGCGGCGCAGGCGCAGCAGCCGAAGUAA